AUGGCUAUUCGUGUGUCUUGUGUUUUGAGUGCAAAAUACAUUCUCCGUCGAUCAAAUCCGCCUGCAAAUCAUGCAGCUGCAACAUCAGUGCAUGUGCCUAAAGGGCACUUUGCUGUGUACGUAGGAGAGGGUAAAAAGAAGAGAUUUGUGAUACCAGUGUCAGUGUUGAAUCAACCCUCAUUUCAGCAAUUGUUAAGCAUAGCAGAGGAAGAAUUUGGCUUCAGCCAUCCAAUGGGUGGACUUACGAUUCCAUGCACAGAAGACAUUUUCCUUAACAUCACCUCUGCUUUUCGUAGGCCAUGACAUGCAGUCACAGUAAAUUUUAAGACAGUUCUUAUUUUAUGGUUUUUG